CACUAAAUUCAAAAUAUUCCGCCAACUUGAAUUGCUGCAGUGGACGUCUUUACUUGUUCGCUGUCAGUAAAAAUGGAGAAGAAUUCUGCAUAUGAGUUUGCCUACAAGAAGAAGUCAUCUACAAUUGACAAAAGAGCAUUACGACUACAUCGGCGUUCAGUAGAAUGGAAAAGUAACCGCGAUGAAAGAUUGAACAGUGCCCGAAAUUUAGAGUCUCUAUCCCCUCUCCAAGAAAUCAGUCACAAUGCAACUGUUAAUCAGAAUUACGAAGGCAAAACUCCAUCAAAAACUAAUGUAGAAUCUUGCAAAGUGACAAAAAGUCAAGUAAAAGACAAUGUAAAAGAGAAUCAGCAAAAGUUGAUUAAAGACAAGCUUGCAAAAUGGAAAGCUGAAAAGGAACUCAAAAAGAAGUUGGCUGCACAAGAAAAGGCAAAGAACAAACCAUUCAAAGUCACACAUGUAGAUUAUAAAGAACUUAAUAAGAUACGUAAACAGGCAAAGAUAGAGAAAUCAAUCCAGCCACCGCAAACAAAUAUGAGUCAAAGUAAAGGUCCUGCCAAGCCAGUGGUCAGAACAAAAGCUACAGUUAAGCCAUCAGUGAUUGCCAAGAUUUCAAAACCAGUUCCUACAAAGCCUUCACAGAUUACAAAGACUAGCAACAGAGGACAAUUAAACAAAGUUUCUAUGCCAACAACCAGAAGCCAGAAUAGAUCAGCCCAGAGCAAGACCACUAAAGAGAAACCAAAUCUCCAUGUUGAUCUACAUAAAGUAUCUACAUUGAGAGGACAAUCAUUUGCACCUGAAGAAUUUACCUUUACUGCUCCAUCUAAUCUGUCAUCGUUUGUGUUCAAACCCUUGAGCCCCAGUGCUGCUGCAAAUUUUCUUAAUCCUGGUCAAGAUGCAGGAGCAUCCUUUAUAGGAACUCAUCCUAAAAGAUGUUCCACUCCAAAAAGUUCUGACAAUGUUAAAGAGGAGAUGCAGAAUGAUUUUAAUGAGGAAACACAGAAUGAGCAGACAUUUAAAGGUGAUACAGAUGAGACCAUAAGUAAUGUAACUGUGCAGAAUGGUGAUAUCUCUGCUGAGCAGGAUAAAUCAAAACCAGGGAGACAAAAAUCGCCUGUAAGGAGGAGAACUCGUUCACAGAAAAAAGCAGAAUGCACUGAAUCAUUAAAUGCAUCAAGUAGAUGUGGAACAAGAUCUACAGAAAGAUCACAGGAUAGAUCCAGUAGACCACUGUCUCAAGGAAAGAGAACACUUGACAGAUCUUCAAAUCGUAGAUUGUCUCAUGGAAGCAAAGAUAGAUCUCUCAGCAAUCCAAGAACAAGAUCAGCAGUAACAAAUACACCCAGGAGUUCAAGUGUCAAAAGAUCAAGAGUAGAUAAUGAUCAUAUUCAUGAAGAAAGAGCUUCAAAAAGAUCAAAAUCUGCCCAUGUUGAAACACCUAAAAGUAAUCAAGGAGAAACACCUAAAUCUGGUAAAUCUGUUGAUACUCCUAAAUCUGUUGAUACUCAAUCAACUGUUAAACCUGUUAAUACAGAAAAAAAAGAUACAAGCCCUAAACAAUCAGUCAUGGAAACAGAGGCAGCUGAGGAACCAAUAAACAAACCUGUAAUGAAUUUACAAGAAACUGUAUCUGAAGAGAACAAAUCUACACCAAAAAGACGAUCCAUGAGAAUCUCACGUAAAUCUUUGUCUCAGAGUAUAAUUAUAGCUGAACCAACCAAAGAGUCUGGAAAAAUGGAAUUUUUGGAUGACGUAUUUGAAACAAAUGAAAAAGAUGAGAAAGCUAGUAGUAUUGAAGAAUCAAAAGAUCACAAAGACAAUGUGGAAUUAGUUGUAAAUAAAACAACAAUGAGCAGGAGGAAAAGUGUAAGAAGAUCUUUACAUUCAAAAACUGUAACAGAUGAUGAAGGUUCAGUUAUACCUUCAGAACCAAGUCAGCAAAAUCAGACAGAAGAAACAGAAGUAAAUGAUGAAAAUUUACAUCCUUCAAAGAGAAUAACACGUAGCACAAAAAGAAGGUCUUUCAGUUCAGUAGAAUUUGCUAAACCAAGUGCAGAUUCAAUUGUCUUGUCAGCUAAGAGAACUGCUAACAAAAAGAAGAGGAGAAAGACUGUAUAUGAUCACACAAUUGUCAAAAGCCCUGAAGAAUGGAUUAAACUCCUCCAAGACAGUCCUAUGGUAGAAAUGAACAGGAGGACACCUAAAGUUAAAACUCCACCUCCUCCUGCUUUGGAUUUCGAUCUAGAUUUGGACGAAUUAGAAGAAAAUAACCCUAAUAAGGUUUUAAAUUUCUCACACUGUGAGGAUAAUGAAAAUAAACCCACCAUUCAAGAUGAUCAAGUUGUGGAAAUGGAAACUAAUGAUGUUGACCAAAUAGAACAACUAAAGACCAGUCCACAAAAUUAUGAUGCACAAGAGCUGCAGGUUGAUGAAGUGUCAACAACACAGGAAUCUGACAAGAUGGAAGAAGGAAAUACAGAAGAACAUGAUGUUGCUUACUUCAGACAGUUACUCAAGUCACAAACUGAAAGACUAAACCAGUUAUGUCAGAAAUGGGAUGAUAUUAAUACAUCUAACUUGUCUGAAGAUGUUGAAGGACAGUUGAGAACAGUAGUAGGACAAGCACAGUUACUCAUAGCUCAAAGGUUUAAGCAGUUUAGAGGUCUAGUUGACAACUGUGAAUUUAAACAAGGAGAGAAGGAAACAACUUGUACAGAUCUACAAGGUUUCUGGGAAAUGAUCUAUUUUCAGGUUGAAGAUGUGAAUCAGAAGUUUAUUGAUUUGGAUAAAUUAAAAGCUAACAACUGGGAUCUAUCAAGUAUACAACCAAAGAAACAAAUUAUAAAGAAGAAGGUGGCUCCAAAAGCAGUUGUUAAGAAACCUGUGAAGUCAAAAUUUUCUGCAUUUAGAGCCCAAAUGAAAAAUAAAUCCAUUGCUGCUGAAGACAAAACAUUUGAUUUUGGUUUCUUCAAAGUUCAGAGUCCUGUGAAAAGUCCAAAACCACAUUGUGCAGCUGGAUCACCAAGACAAAUGCCAAGACCAGAAAUUGAAGUGAAGAUUGAUACUGUUGAAAAUACACAGUCAACAGAUUCAUCAAAUCAAACUAAUACUGCAUUGACGGCAAAUUCAACACCAAACAACAAACUGACACCUACGGUAACCUCUGAUGAUCAACUGACUACACCCAUAAUGACACCACUUAAAAGAAAGAGCUAUUUACCUAAUGUACCAAGUCCUUUACUGCAAGAUAUUACCCCUCAGCCUAGGGCUACAAGGAGCAGUGCAUACAGGAAAACCCCUUUGCCUAAAAAUAUAUUAUCUGAUGUAGAUGACAAUGUUAUUUUGGAAGAGAAAUUGACUACUAUUGCAAAAGAUCUGGCAAACAAUUUAUUAGAAAAGAAGACAAUAGAUUUUACAGAUGAUGCACUAGAGUCAUCCCCAGCAACGAAAUCUGAACGUGUAAUUAAAGUUCAGUCAGAAAGUAAACCAAGAAGGAGAUCACUACGUACAAGGAAAUCUGUCUCAUUCUGUGAUAGUGUGAUUGUGCCAGAUGAAGAUGAAGUACAACCUUCAGAGGAUCCUUUCUCAAAAUAUUUACAACCAAUGACACCCAGGAUGUCCAUGGCACCUAAAGGAUACAGUGUCUUAGAUGCCAUACCAGAUGAUGAUUCAUUUACAGCACAUGCUGAAGCUGGAUCUGACACAGUUUUCUCUCCAGCAUUAAACAAUUCUAGUCAUAAUGAUUCCAGUACAGGGCAGAACAGAACAAGACAUUCAAGUUUGAAACAGCUACCAACAAGAGAAAGGAGAAGGUCAUCAAGAAAAAGUGUCCAGUUCAUGUCUCCAAAGACACAAGAGUGUGAAAAUAUAAGUGAUGAUGUUUUAACAACACCUCCAAGCUCCAGACCAACUCUGUCUAAUACAUCAACACCAGAUAGUUCUGACGGUGAAAUAAACAGGUUUUCCAGUUUAAACAUAGGAUUCACACCAGUAGCUAAAAGUACUAGACCUAGUUUGUUAUUCACACCACCUAGAGAUGAAGAUGCAUCAUUAUCUGUCACAGCAGAUGUUCCUAUAGGACAGUUAAUAUCCUUCACCCCAUGAAGUAUAGUGAAUACAGUGAUCUAAAUAAUUAACAGUGCUGUAAUAUUGAUCAACCUUUGUUAUUCAAUAUUCAAUGAUUGAAUUGCCAUUUGUUUGUUAUGGAAUCAUCAUUCAACAAUAACAAGUUGUUGUCAAUGUACAUGUACAUUAACAGGUUACACCACUAAAGGUAUUAAGUGGAUGUUCUUGUAUACACAUGUAAACCUGACUGUGCUGGAGUAUGGCAUAUUUUAUUGUACACUGCAUCUGUAAUAUACCUGUUUCAAAUACUUUAUACUAUAGUCUGAGGUGAAAGAGGAAAUAUUUUUAUGUAUUGCUUUUGACCACCACUUAUAUGUUGAUUGUCAUUCAAGAAGUGAAGCGACCAGGAAAAAUCCUCAGAAGUCCAGCAAACAUCAAUAAACUUUUGAAAAUAUCUAUUUAGAAGUGUUAUUUGAAAAUCUGCAAACACUGAUUUCAUUGUCUUUGAAGAUUUAAAUACUCCUCCGAGGGAGGGAGGGUAUACUGCUUUACCUCUGUUUUUGUGUCCCAUGAAACUUUUAUUGCAUUUUUCUCAGGAACUAUUUUCCAUUCGCAGCAAAUUAAAUAAAUUGGGAAAUAAAUAUUAUACCUCACUCUGAAGGAUGAUAUUCUGGAUUUUGCCUGUCCAUCAGUCUCAUUUUUCUCAGGAACUACAAAUCAGUAUGAUGCCGAUUCACCUCUAUCACUCAUCAACUUUAUAAUUUCAGAGUACUUGUAUAUAUUCUGGUCCGAGUACACAGUUAUCUUCCUUUGAUUUUUUGUUGUCCACGAAUAUAGUCCCUAGUGUGGACAAUGUGUUGCUUGCCAAUUUUUUUAGUACCCCUUCCAAAUGUAUUUCUUCAUGUUUUAUGCCUCAAAUAGCAAGAAGGGUGAUGAAAUUACACUGUAAAAAAAUUUGGGUCAUGAAUUUUAAAGUAAAGUAGUGAUUUGGUCCAGCUGAAAAAGGUUAAAAAUUAGCACUUUGGAAGCUGUCAAAAGAUUUCAAGACCCCCUUAACAUAGAAUUGUCCAUAUUUUGAGUUAGAGCCGAUGAAGUUUUCUAUAAUUUUGAUAUAAUUUGUCCCAAAAGUAGUACAACACACUGUAAAAAUAUUAUUGAGAAAGCGCAGGUGGGAAUUUUUUUUAUUUUCAUUUAUUGUCUAAAAGAAAUGCACUACGAAAUAACUGUGUACUCAGACCUUCUUACUUAUAAUUGCUGGUUUGAUAUUUUUGUCAAUUUUUUCUGAGGAACUGUGCAUCAGAGCCUCCUCAAACUUGGUAUCAAGUUUCAUUUGAUCCUGCUAUGCUAUAUUGUGCAUUUUCACAUUCAUUACCCAUCACUCAUCAUCUUCCUGGAUUUAAAAAUAAUACCAAAAUUAAGCAAAUUGUUAUAUUUAAAAAUUGUAUUGUCAGGUAUUAUUCCCUGAGGAAAUGUAUAUAAAAAAAGGUCUAGCUGGCCUAUUUUUAUGCUGUCAUGAUUAAGAAAAUAUUAUUUAUAUUUAAUGUUGCAUGGUUUUAAUUAAAAGGGUCUUUGUAUGUACAAGAUACAUAAAUAUCUAAUUUGACUACAAUUUAGAGUUUUAACAGCUUUCAAUUUUCUAUGAACUAUAUUGAAAUAUGACUAGAUAUGGUAUUACAAGAUUAUAGGAGCAUUUAUUUUUUAAGUGAUUGGUUAUGAAUUUAUGAACAAAUAUUUAUGAGUAAGUCAGUACAAUGCUUAAUGCGUUUUGAUUGGUUCUCCUUCAAGUAGUCUUAAAAAAGACCAUUGAAUAUUCACCAUUCUUUUAAUAUUUUCAUUUAGAAAUAGUAAUAUCUACAAAUGUUUUUAUCCUAUAUAGUAGAUCAUACAGUGACAUUGAUUGCUAGAUUAAGAUUUGAUAAAGGUACAUGUAUCACAAAAUCUAAGCACUAAUUGAAUGACAUUCAAUACUAUGUUAUGCUGGGAGCAUUUAGCUUUGUGUGAUAUAAAUAUGUAUUAUGGAGGUAAAUGACUAUAUGUAUAUUUGUGAAUGGGUUAAAUACAUUGUAGUGUGUAUUUUGAUCAGAUGAUGAUAUUGUAUGUAUUGGAUGAAUUGAGUGGAGAAAUGAAAAAAUGAACAUUUGUAAAAUGUAUGAAAAUUUGUAGUAACAAAGUAAAAGUGAAAGAAUUUGAAAUAUGGUGAUAUAUGUUUUGUUUUAAGCAACUGUACAUAAUUCAUUUAUAAAGCCUUUUAUUCUGUUGUCAUACAUUAAUUUUUACCUCCAAAUAAUUGAUAUGCAAGGAUGCUGACAAUUAUUGUUUUCUUCAGCUACACAGAUGGCUGCUUAUUUUCUUACUUUUUUCUAUUUUCCUAUUUUAUCAGUUUAUUUGAAUUGAAAAUGAGAUAAUUUAAUUGAUACUUAUUAUAACAUCAGUGUAUAAUUUACAAAAGAGUAACUUGUGAAAACUAGUUUUGCAUGAAAAAUUAUAGAUAAGUGAGAAAGAAUUUGCCAGUUUUCAAAUGUUUAUGGAAGAAAUUUGAUAAAGACUUAUAUAGUAUUCUAUGUGAAAAAGUUGAUCAUCUAAUAUGUGUAUAACCUAUUAAACAGUAUAAGAUC